CAAUAUUAUUUCUUGUCCAAGGGGAAAAACAAAGAAAAGUUGGCUAACUUAAAUAUUUAUGUGAUCCGCAAGAAAGCUAGAAGCAUUAAAGGGAAGAGCGAGACCAGUCUUUCGUCCAAAUUCUUCGAUAUCAAAAUUGGCAAAAUUAUCAACAAACUAUGGGGUGGGUGUGGAAGAACGACGAUGAUGAUACUACCGGAGCUGAGUUCGGCCACUCUUCGAACCCUAGCGGCGACGGCGGCCGAUUCUCCACCCGGAAGGUCGUGCGAUCCCAGUGCCGAACGGAAGAAGUAGAGCCUGGGAAAUUCAUCCGCAAGUGCGAGAAAACUGAGGAGCUCUUCAAAGACUGCGCUGGAAGGCCCACAGAGAUAGUACAGUCUAACAAAGAAUACACCGAGGAAGAUGUCACUGACCAAAUGGUUAAAGGUUCAUUUUCCUUAGGGUCGGCUGAAAGUGAAUCCUUUAACUUUCCUGGUUUGCGUAGUGAUAUUGAAGCCAUUGAGCGUAGUUUAUUUGGUGGCAUUGACCAUUUUCUCCGAGCAGCUGAAGACAUGAAGAACGACUUUUUCAAUGCUAUCCGGGUCCCACACAUGUUUGAUGACAAGGCUUCAUCCACUGACAACGAGAUAGGGAUUCCAAUCGAGGUUUCUCCUCCAAGAGAAGCUUUUCCUGAGAAAAAAUCUGAUAGAGAUGAUGAUUUUUCUGGACUGGCCACGGAUGUUUGAAUACAGUAGCUCUUUGUGUUCUGCUAGAAAACAUAUAUUUUGACCGACUGUUGGAUCUGUUUUGCGAAUAAUAUAUCUGAAGACUGUCGUUAAAAGCAUGUGAUAAAUUUGUUUUUGUUGUUCAGUAAGCAGGGAAAUGCAGAUGGAGUGAGGAAAAAGAAAGAUUCAUUCUUGUUUUGCACAAAAAUUUUGAAGGUGUAGUCAAGAUUUUAGUAGAUUUUUCUUGACCUUCUUAAACUUGCAUUUUCUUAAAUGUUCAAUUGUUGAUACUUUUCUUAGAGAUGCAUUUUGGGUAGAGGUGUGUACACUUCUUGGAUUUUAUUAUAGGUUUUGUUGAACACAAAUUUUUUGGUGAGGCGAUCUAAUUAUUAGAGGUGAGUCGAUACGUCAUACCUUUAUAUUAAAA